AUGGACAAGCCAAAGAACAACCAGGAAACACAAACCCAAGGCAGUCAAGAGAAGAAGGAACCUCAGCUUCGAAGCGUAGAGGAAUAUCAGAAAUACUGGGAUCAACUCCUCCAAAAUACAGCGGAUCAGAUCCAGAAGAUCCGAGACAAGGAACAAGCAGCAGAGCGUUCAAACCCAGACUCGCACCAAUGA